CGUAGCGCUUACUAGGCACCGGUACUUGGCGGGGAACUGGGGCGGAGAAGGUACCAAUACGGGAUGCGAGUCAUCAGGACCCUGCCCUUCCUUCUAUCAUGCGUCUCUUGCAGAAAACGAUUUACACUCGGGGUACUUGUUCCUGUGUUUCUGGUGAUGUGACAUUUUUGAUAUGUCAUUUUUGUCAUUUCUCGUCCUCUUCUCGCUUGCUCCUAGGCCGGGUUAGAUGAUGACUGACAGUCAGCGCCAAACUCAGAUGACCUCACCAGAGCUAUAGUUUGUAUACAAAGAGGGAAGAGCGAAGAGGGGAAUGUGUACAUACAAUGACUCGGUAUCUUACUGCCGUCCCAGUCACUACUACUACUACUACUAUUCCCGUUCCGUUCGUUAUGUUCACUUAUAUCAGGCCACCUCGGACAAUCUAUUUAUCCGACACACUGCGCACGUGAUAUCGGGAUGUCCACUUCCCGAAAUUCGGCUCUAACAUUCAGGAACAUAUCCAUGGAUACAGAUACCACCCAAUGACCAAUUCCAUAAUUGUUGAUGGCUACUGUGGUAUACCUUUGUGUCUAGCGACGUUAACUUAUCUCACCGCUCAUACGGGGAGCACCCGAACUCUACAAAAUCCCUACCAGGAUGGCUCCCGGGCGCCUUUAUUCGUAUUUCCCUAGGGCUAUAAGCCGGAGGGUCAUACCAAGGGCUCAAUUGACCGGUCUACCAAAAAAUCAAUUAUGUAGAAUAUCAAAUGGGUCGAAGCCGCGACCCAACGAACGGGACACCGUUUGGAGACCAUAUCUCCGAAUCAGCGUUGGCGUAGUCUUCAUAGGAGCUAUGAUUUACUCAAUGGUAACCGACGAUAAUGAAACAAACCUCGACGCCCCCACAAUAGCCGAGUUAGAUGAAGCAACCAAACGUGACACCUCCAUCACCGAAUCCUCCCCAAUGCGUCUCCGGAUGGAGAAGCUGAUAAAGGAACACCAGCAGAAGAUCGUGGAUGAACUGUCCAGGAUAGACGGCAAAUCGUUCAAGGCGGACACAUGGACCCGGCCCAAUGGCGGCGGCGGCAUCUCCUGCGUACUGCAGGACGGCAACGUUUUCGAAAAGGCCGGCGUCAACGUCUCAGUCGUUUACGGCAAAUUGCCCCGCCCGGCCAUCGAAAAGAUGCGUGCAGACCACAAGUCCUUCGUCGCCGCCGACGUCGAUUCCCUAGACUUCUUCGCGGCAGGCCUGUCCCUCGUCCUGCACCCCAAAAACCCCAUGGCGCCCACCGUGCACCUCAACUACCGCUACUUCGAGACCGCAGACCCCAAGAACCCGCUCAGCGGCGACAAGAAUUGGUGGUUUGGCGGCGGGACGGACCUGACGCCCUCGUACCUAUUCCCAGAGGACUGCGAACACUUCCACAAAACUAUCAAGGACGUCUGCGACAAGCAUGACGGCACAUAUUACCCGCGCUUCAAGAAAUGGUGCGACGAGUACUUCUACAUCCCCCACCGCGGCGAAGCGCGCGGCGUCGGCGGCAUCUUCUUCGACGACCUCGAUGCCGAAUUCUUCGCCCAAUCUUCCCGUUCCCAAUCCCACAUCAAUUCACAAGCCCACUCCCACUCCCACUCCCACGCCUCCUCACAAAACGCCCAGGAAGCCAUAUUCUCCUUCGUCACAGACGCCCUCACCUCCUUCCUCCCCUCGUACGUCCCCAUCAUCGAAAGGCGCAAGGACAUGCCCUUCACCCCCGCACAGAAGGAGUGGCAACAACUCCGUCGUGGGCGGUAUGUGGAAUUUAACCUCGUGUAUGACCGCGGCACGAGCUUUGGGCUACGCACGCCCGGUGCGCGUGUGGAGAGUAUAUUGAUGAGUCUGCCGCGGACGGCGGAGUGGAAGUAUAUGGAUCCCGUUUCCGGGACGAGGAUUGACGAUGGUACCUCGAGGGGUCCUAGAGGGGAUGACGAAGGGGAAGCGGGCGAUGGUGACGAUAAGGUGAAGGAGAGGGAGUUGAUGGAGGUGUUGAAGAAUCCGAGGCGGUGGGUUUAAGCUAGGGAUAAUUUUAUCCCCGUUCUCUCUUUUUUGUGGUGUGUCUGGAGUGGUGUUGUUGAUAUGCUAGACCAAUGGGUUCCUCGGCUCCUUUUUUUCUCCGCUUUUUACACUCCGCCCUCAAGGGUAUACUAUACAAUUGCAGUUGCAGUUGCUCAUGGCUUGUCACCACUCACCCCGAUAUAAAAGAAGAAAGACUAAAAUCUAGAGAGAGAAAUAUUCAUGUACAGUACAAUAUGAAAGCUAUCAAAUGAGGCUUUUUGGGACAAAUAUAAAAAUGUAGGAUAUGAUUGUGUGAGGGAAUUUUCCACAUUGCCCUUGGUGUUUGGCUAUGUUUUCAAUCUUCAUUCACUAUAGCAUAGCAGUAUAUACCGACACAGAUGCAAACUUGUAUAUAUCAAGCCGAAAAACCGAGAUCUCUAAUUGUAAACAAAGAUAUGAGAGGUUUAUGAUACUGAAUUUUGGAGUGCUGGAAUCUUGAAUGUAAAAAGCGCCCAAGGCAUUCUUUGCCUGUCUGUAUAUCAGUGAAACCAACCCCAAAAGCUACAUCAAGGGACAGAAGAAAACAGGAAGGUGGUAAAUGCCUGAAGAAAAUUCUAGUAAGAAUGGAAGGGGGUAUAUAAAUAAGUAGCUCUAGGUGUAGAACACGAUGCAAGCAUGUUCUAAAUGUAAGGGAAACAAACACAAAAAUGAGAUUAUAUAACGAAUGGGGCUAGGAGUGCCAGUAGGUUGCAGUGGUUUCUUUGAACGGAUGAGGGUCACAAAAAAAAUACGAUUUC